GCCAUCUCUGGCCACGGACUAAAAGUGCAGCAAAAAACCGCCUUCCAUCCGACCACGUCAGGCUGCAAAGUUGGAUUUGGCCAUGGCACAGUCUCACGUCUUUGAAGCACCUGUGUCAGGUUUUAAUUUUGAGAACUCGGCAAGAAAUGUUUUACUGGAAAAUGCGCUCGGUGGUGAAAUAAACAAGACGCCCAAACCUUUAAAGACUGGGACGACGAUAGCAGGAGUGGUGUUUAAGGAUGGUGUGGUCCUGGGAGCUGACACAAGGGCUACCUCCAGCGAAGUGGUUGCUGACAAAAUGUGUGAAAAAAUUCACUACAUAGCUCCAAACAUAUAUUGUUGUGGUGCAGGAACGGCAGCAGACACAUUUAAAACUACAGAGUUGCUGUCCUCCAACCUUGCCAUUUUCUCAAUGAAUAGCGAAAGGAACCCCAGAGUCACCAUGGCAGCUCACAUACUACAGGAUAUGCUCUUCAGGUAUCGAGGUAUGAUUGGGGCAAAUUUAAUCCUAGGAGGGGUCGACUUUACAGGAAACCAUCUGUACAAUGUGGGGCCCUAUGGGGACAUGGACAAGCUCCCAUAUCUUGCCAUGGGAUCUGGUGAUUUAGCUGCUAUGGGUAUCCUGGAGGACAGGUUUAAACCCAAUAUGGAGUUAGACGAGGCUAAGGCAUUGGUACGUGAUGCAAUCCAUUCGGGGAUCAUGAGCGAUCUUGGUUCAGGUCACAACAUAGACCUGUGUGUAAUCACCAGAAAAGGGGUUGAUUACAUCCGGCCUUAUCAGGAGUCUGAAUACAGUGACACAAGAAAGCAGAAGUAUAGGUACAAGCAAGGCACAACCCCAGUUUUGUCAGAGAAAGUGGUUCGUCUAGACAUGGAGCUUCUGCAAGAGACAAUUCAGACUAUGGAAACAGCCUGAGCUACAAAAACACAAUGUUUUAUGGUGUCAUAUUAAACCUACCAUUUUUUUACCAUCACCAACAAGUUUUGGUUAUUAGUUCUUGAUAUAAUUGCAUUUUACUAAACACAUGAUGUCCUGAGAUAAUUUUUCGCUUAUAUGGCUGACAACAAAAUAAAUGUUUGCAUACUUUUGUCUAAUGGUUAAUUAUUAAACUUUUAAUAAAAUGCACUUAACUGUGCUAAAUAA